UGCAUUUUGUAUUGAUUGUAAACUCCCACAAAACAAAAGAGGCCUUAAGCCAAAACAUUAUAUAUAUUCUUCCAAUCCCCAUAGCUCUGCAAAAGUCCUCUUGUUAUGUGUUGUUGUAUCGCAUUUUCCACUACACAUUAAAAUACAAACCAUGGAAAACAAGGGCACCACCUCAAGGAAGUCCACAGAACCAACUGAAUACCAAGACUUGCUGCCAGUCAUGGCGGAGAAGCUGGACGUGGAGACGUUUGUGUCCGAGUUAUGUGGAGGUUUCCGGCUUCUGGCGGACCCCGAACGGGGGCUGAUCACGUCGGAGAGCCUGAAGAAGAAUUCAGCGCUUCUCGGGAUGGAGGGGAUGAGCAAGGAGGAUGCUGAAGGAAUGGUUAGGGAAGGAGAUCUUGAUGGAGAUGGUGCACUGGGUGAGACUGAGUUUUGUAUACUGAUGGUGAGGCUUAGUCCUGGGAUUAUGGAAGAUGCUGAGACAUGGCUUGAGAAAGCACUUGAUCAAGAACUCAACAAGUCUUCUGAUCAUCUUUGAUGUUGUAGAAUUCCAGUGCUUUUUAUAUCUCAAUUGCAGAAUGACAUGUUUUUCCAAUAUAUGUCCUGGAUAUUUGAUCACUUAUGUCGAUUGGUGUAUUGUUUAAA